CAAAAGGAACUAAAAGAAAAGGAUCAAGACUUACUACAACACACUGAGGUUAUUUCUUAUAUUAUACUUGAAGAAGCUGAAUAUAAACUAAGAGAUACUAUCAAAAGCAAAGAGAAGGAAGUAGUUGAAUUAAAACAAGUACUAGAGGAAGAACCACUUGGUAAAGAGUUGACUACAUUGAGGUCUCAGUUUAAUGAGAUACAAAAAGAAAACAAAGAAUUGUCAGACAAAUUAUCAAAAAUGAAGAUUGAAUAUUUGAGAUCACUUACUAGUAAUACUGAUUCAGCUGCUAGCAGAGUAAUAAGAGGAAUGACUUUUGAAAUUGAUGACUGCAAAUUUCAUCUUGAAGCAAUGACAAGAUCAGACUAUCAGCCAUUAGUAGAUAAUAAAAAAUUAAUAGAGAAAUUACAAGAAAGGAUAACAUUAAUGAAUAUUGAACUAAUGACUGAAAGAGAACACAAUGAGAAGAUUAUAAAAGAUAUGAAAGAUCAUUUGAAAAAGAUUGAGGAGAAGAGACAGAGAAAAAAGAAACAAAAAACUGAAGAAGAGAUGUGUACAAUUUAUUUAUGUUGUAAUCAUCCUGUUACUGGUGAAUUAAUAAACUCAUUUCUUGAAGUGCAUAAAGAUGAAUUACUACCCAGUUUAAUGAAUUUAGCUCCUCAUGUUCCUAUUGAGAGAUGUCGUUUAGUUAAAUAUGAUUAUAGGAAUAAAGUAAUGGAGCAGUCCUUUGACCUUGAUGAGUAUCAACAUCAAACUAUUGGACAGAUUAUGAGUGUGGCUGAUUAUCGUUAUUCUUUUGCAUUAUUCUUAGAAACUCGUAAAGAGAAUGAAACCUUUAAGAAAUACAAUGAGCAAGGUAUUAAUCUAAAGGUAUCAAUGGUUGAUCUGUCAGCUGGUGAAGUAGGACUAGCUAAACCAAUGAGAGGAGAAGAAGGUUGGACUGUUGAAGAAUUAAAGCAACAUAUAGGAGAAGUAUUCAAUAUCAACCCAUCAUGUAUGAGAAUAGUAAAGGAGAAGUAUACUGGUAUUAGUGAUGUUAGUGAUGUAGGAGGUACUUUAAAGGAGAUACUCAACAAAAGAGACAAAUCAUAUACUCAGUUGCUGUAUGUAUUAUCAGAUCUUAAAGAUUAUCAAAAAGAAUUCAAAGAUAAGAUGCAGGUACAAGUUAGUAGCAGUAUAACAUUAGCUCAGUUGAAGGAGGAGCUAGCUCCACUGAUUGGUGUACCACCUACUGGUUUUAGAGUGUAUAGAAUCAGUGAUAAUGAAGAAUAUGAAAUUGAGGAACUGGAGAAGACAUUAAAGUACAUGUAUAUUGAAUCUGGACCAAAGUUGAGAGUAAAACUGGGUAGAGCAUUAAGAAGAGGAGAGUACAGAGUUAAAUUAUAUUUAUUACAAGUUAACAAUACAGAGGUAUGA